AUGAUAAUUAGAACAAGGACGUUUUUGAAGCAUACCCGGAUAAAAUAUCCUAGCUUUACUUCGAUAACUAGAAAUUUAGCAACCGAGGCGCAAACAAUCCGAACUCCUAUCGAAGAUUAUAACCACAAGGUUGAAAUAGGUAGACUUCGGGAUGAUCAGUAUCAGCGGAAAAUCAUAAAUAGUAUGUCAGACCUACAUUACCGGUUGGUCCUGUAUACACCACCACAAGUUGAUCUCCCAGACAUCGAUGAUUUGAAACCAAAGACUGGGAUAUCUAAAUUUUUUUCUUCUUUCGGUAGGAAGAGAACGGGAGGCAUAUCGGAUGAUAACUUUGAGGUAUCUGAUAUGAAGGGGAUAUAUCUCUAUGGUGAUGUUGGUUGUGGGAAAACAAUGUUGAUGGAUUUAUUUUAUCUGACAAUUCCUCCGCAUUUGGCCAAAAGAAGAAUUCAUUUUCAUCAAUUUAUGCAGUACUUGCACAAGAGGCUGCACUCAUUAAAAGUAGAACAUAACCAUGCUGACCUUGAUGUUUUACCUAUAUUGGCGCUGGAAAUUUCUCGAGAGUCUACGAUAUUGUGUUUUGACGAAUUCCAAGUCACUGACGUUGCUGACGCUAUGUUGUUGAGGAGGUUGUUGGCGCUCAUAUUGUCGCCAGAGUAUGGAGUAGUUCUUUUUGCAACUCUGAAUAGAGCUCCAGAUGAUUUAUAUAUGAAUGGUAUUCAAAGAGUACUGUUUAUACCCUGCAUUAAACAAAUUAAGAAGCAAACUAAGGUGAUAUAUUUAAAUAGUCCUACAGAUUAUAGGAAAGUCCCUAAACCAAUUUCCCUGGUGUUCUAUAGCCCCAAGCCAGGUAUUAAAUAUCUCUCCAAGGCAUGUAUUCUGCAAAGAAAGAAGCAUGUUGAGCAGUGGUAUGAAUAUUUUAGUCAGGGAAUAAGCAUUGCAGAUGGUCAAAAAGAUUUUAGUGUGAACAUCUGGGGUCGUGAGCUUCAUGUUCCUGUUUGUACACCACCUUACGUUGCUCAAUUCACGUUUGAAGAACUAUGUGGAAAGCCACUUGCUGCUGGUGAUUACUUACAAUUGGCUUCAUCAUUCAAAUGCUUCAUCGUAACCGAUAUUCCAUAUUUAAGUAUAAACUGCAGAGACAACGUUAGGAGGUUUAUUACGUUUUUAGACGCAACGUAUGAUGCUGGUGGGAAGUUAGCAGUCACCUCUGCCGCUCCAUUCAAAGAUCUAUUUGUAGAACCUGAAGAUGUUGCAGCCGAUGAAUUUGAGCUAUACAAGACUGAGAGAAAGAAACUGAAGGGUGAGAUAAAGGAAGGGGAAGAAGAAGAGGACGAAUUGGUUACUAAGCACGGUUUCGAUAAAAAUAUUGCAAAGAAAGCUAACAUGUUUGCCAAUGACGAAGAAAAGUUUGCUUUUGCAAGAGCACUCUCUAGAUUAUCUCAAAUGAGUACACAAGACUGGGUUGAUCAACCGUAA